AUGGCGAUCAAAGCUGCUUACUUCACGCUCGUGACUGCAUCAAUUUCUAGUCUUGUUUCUGCUAUUCCACUCGAGGAACGAACACUCAACCUUUGCCCCGCAGUCGACUUAGUCGUUGGCCUCCUCAGAGCAUACCCUUCCGCCUCUCCCUUCUGCUCAAGCAUCCUCCAAAUCAAGACCUCGACUGUCACUUCGACUGUGCAAUUUACCUCGCCUGUCACCACUAUUAUCCCAACAACUACCACGACUAUCUUUGUUGCAGCAUCUCCCGUAGUCGAGUACGAUAUCUCAUCGACUACUAUCACAACUUGUAUCCCCAGCGCUGCGAAGCGUGAUUUGGCUAAGAGAAGGAUCACCUCCAUCCCUGUCUCUGGGACCUCGUCCACCUCGAUUCCAGCUUCGAUCAGCAUCGCAGGCACAUGCAAUGGCUGCCCCAACAUCCUCAAAAACAUCGCCUGUUCAGCCAUUUCCAGCGCAUGCAGAUGUCUCGGAGUCCCAACGCCCACCUCAACGCUCUAUGUGAGCACUACUUAUGUUCCAGUUGUCACAUCAUAUUCUGGUGUCGCUGCCACACAAACCACUACCGAGACCACAACCAUUCCGACCACUUCCACGUCCACGGUCCUGUCUUGCCCCACGCCCUCGAUCUGUGGUAAUCAAGGUAUUCAGUACGCUUACUACGCCAACGAACCUUGGGGUAAUGACAUUGUCAAUGGUCUGGACCCAGCCUACUACUGGAGUUACACACCUGACUACAGUGGUACAACGACUGAGGUCGGGGGUAUCAAUGAAGGCGACGAGUCUUCCAUCACCUUGUACGGCAGUGAUAAGAGUGUCCCCUCCACCUUCUUUGUCUUGAACCAUCGUGGCUAUAUUUUCGCUCAAGUCGCCGGUGUUUACACAUUUACCACCUCUCAAGCUGACGACAUCACUUAUCUGUAUCUCGGUGACGCUGCAUACAAAGGCUACACGCGGUCGAAUUACAAUGCUAAGGCAGUGUGCUGCGAUGCGCCAGCCAACAGUGCCAGUGGCACGUACACGCUAGAAUCUGGCCAAUAUCUUCCUUUCCGACUCGUAUUUGGCCAGCAGGGUGGGCCAGUGGUCUUCAGCUUCUCUGUCACUGCUCCAGAUGGAACGGUCAUCCUUGAUGCUAAUACUCACGACUCCAAGUUUAUCGUGCAGUACUCUUGCGAUGGCACCACUGCUCCUGCUUUCCCUGCUUGGGGUCAGGAGACACCUGAGACUUAG